UCUCAUUCGCCAUUUCGCUCCCUUUCUCUACUCAACCCACAACCCUCGCUCUCCACUACCCCAAGUACUAACCGUAUUCAAAAGCAACCUUCCAGAAUGUCUGUUCUUCGACUGAGAUCUCUCCAAGCUUUGAGGGUGCAGCGAACUAUGCCCGCCGUCAGAAUUCUGUCCAGGGGUGCCGCCUCCAAGCACGACAACGACCCCAAUGUCCUUGCCAGGGAAAAGGCUCGAAAUCUUUCUGGAACACAAGAUUCCUCUGCCCCUCAUAAAGAGCAUGCCCCUGGAUGGAAUGAGCAUCUUGCGACUGAUGCAGAGGCAAACGUAAAGGCGGACCAAGCUGCUCCUGAUGGUCCUCCAGGAAAGGACCUCCAGGAAAAGACCGUCAGCCACGUGGACAAGCACCACCAUACUCCGGACGGCAUGUCUGGCGCCGAGCACCACCACAUUAAUCCGGGUCCUGACCCUACGCCCAGCGAAGAAAAUGUGAAGGCCGACCGAGGAGAGGCGUCAUUGUAUUUGUAAUAAGCAAACGACGAAAUAUAUUUCUAUGUAGCUUAACGAAACUAUGGGAAAAAUGUAUAAGAAGCAUCAGGGAGAUUAGGGAGCAGACAUCUUUUAUCAAUUGUUUGAAUGAACGCACACAUAUCGUGGUCGUUCUAUGAAUUGUUCUCAAGCCAAUCAUACAAGCAGGGCCUGGUUCUGCCAUUUUUUCCCAAGCUCAGAAGCACAUCAUACGUACAUCUGACUGCAUUUUUCUCACGCCUUUUUGCAUGUACUGGUACUACUGGAUGUGGCAGCACCGCAUGCAUAGCGAUCUAUCUACA